CCGAUCAACGACAAGCCCCCGAUACCCCCAUCACGAACUAUCCCACAAUGGCGUCACGCUUGGCACGAAGCGCCGUCGGCGCUCCCCUCCUCCGACCCGUCCUCGCCCGCCGAGCUGCCCCUGCCUUCUCCGUUGCCGCUGCGCGAUACAACAGCAAUGUUCCCGCCGAGGACCCCAAGAAGAAGGCUCAGAGCAUCAUCGACGCUCUCCCCGGCAACAGCCUCCUCAGCAAGAGCGCCAUUCUUAGCUCCGCCGCCGCUCUGUCCGUCUACGCCAUCUCUAGCGAGUACUACGUCAUGAACGAGGAGACCAUCAUCGCCAUCUCCCUUCUUUCCGUCUGGGGUGCUCUGAUCAAGUACGGUGGCCCUGCCUACAAGGAGUGGGCUGAGGCGCAGAACAACAAGAUCAAGAACAUCCUCAACAGCGCCCGUGCCGACCACACCGAGGCUGUCAAGGGCCGUAUUGAGGACGUUAAGCAGAUGGGCAGCGUUGUUGAGAUCACCAAGAACCUGUUCCAGGUUUCCAAGGAGACUGCCAAGCUUGAGUCUGAGGCUUUCGAGCUCGAGCAAAAGACUGCUCUGGCUGCUGAGGCCAAGGCCGUCCUUGAGUCCUGGGUCAGAUACGAGGGCCAGGUUAAGCAGCGCCAGCAGAAGGAGCUCGCUCAGUCCAUUAUCGCCAAGGUCCAGAAGGAGCUCGAGAACCCCAAGGUCCUCCAGCAGAUCCUCCAGCAGAGCGUCGCUGACGUCGAGAAGAUCGUUGCCUCCAAGGCCCAAUAGAUAAUUACACGCCGCUAGAGUCUCGAUCACCGGAUUCCACGGUUUUUCUUUGUACCCCCCUUGUGCCAUAACAACACCUGUGCAUUAGCCGAAUAAAUCAAGACCCUAGUUACUUCACUGCAGGAUAGCUUUUGUCUGUGAGAUUUUCGAGAUUUCGAGAUUUGGGCCCAUUGUGUUCAAAUGGGUUUAUCGGAGCUGUAAAUUGCUCGUCGGGAAAGGUCGGGAUCUCCGACAUCGCCCAUUCUCGGCGGAUCGCAAAAUAACAAAAAACACAUCUUCAACACAACGACGUCAGUUUUCA